AUGACUGUCAGUUGGAUGUUCAUUAUAGCAAACAUUUACAUGUUUAAUAUAUCAGUGAUUGUGGAUGAUUUGUAUGAUGACCGACGCUUGUGGGUCCCAAUAUAUUUCAAGGGUGAAUUUUGGGCAUCAAUGCGGAGUACGCAAAGGAGUGAGAGCAUGCACGCAUUCUACGGUUUAUCCAAUAAAACUAGCUUAGUUCAAUUUGUUCAUGAAUAUGACAAUGUGCUUGGAGUCAAGGAGCAGAGGGAACUGGCGGAUGAUACUGCAGACUCGAGGGGGGUCAUCCCUUGUGCAACGACCUCGCCUAUGGAGAAACAGUUUCAACUAGAGUAUACCACGAGCAUUUUUAGGGAUGUUCAGAUUGAGUUUGUGAAGAAGGUUAACUGUAGAGUUUCUGCAAUUGAUAAACAGGGUCCAUUGGUCUGCGUGAAGGUGGAAAAGGAGAAACUAGUCAACGAUACUAUUCUAUGUGUUCCGUACGAUGUUCACUUUGACCGUUCCACACAGGAGCUUCGUUGUGAGUGUAAUCUCUUUGGGAGUUCAGGUGUGUUGUGCUGUCACUGCCUUGAAGUGUUCCAUUCGUAUAAAGUGUACAAAGUACCUUCUUGUUAUGUUCUUCCUCGAUGGAGCAAGAAGAUAAAGCGCAAGCAUACAUAUGUCAAAAGUAGCCAUGAUGUCAGUCGGUCGGAUGAGAGUCAUGUUGCAUUCAGGGGACUGUGUGCACACUUCUACAAUGUUGCCCAAGAGUUUGUAGGUGACGAUGAAGAAACAGCAUUGCUGCAUGUUGCUUUGGAAGAAACAAGGGCCAAAUUGGCUGCGCACCGUGCCAAAAAGAGGUCCGAGAGCGUGGCAGAAACUCAGACCAACAUUGGAUCACAGAGUUUGAACGAUGUCAGUGUUGAUGACAUCCAAGGCCCAUCGAAGGUCACCACAAAGGGCAGGCCAAAGAGUAAGAGGCUCGACUCUGCCCUUGAGAAGUCCAUCAAGAAUUCAAGACGGAGAAAACAAAAGAAUUUACCCCCGGUGGUUCGUCUGCACACACUUCAAGAUACAAACCAGUGUGCUGUUUCUGGCCUGAAUGGUCCCGAACAAGCAGGUGGUUUCCUGUCUUUGUUAAGCUCCUUUAACAAAAAGUAG